GAAGCACCAUGGUAAGAAUGCAGUCUUAUUUGUUCUGAUGUGGUUUGUAUGUAGCUGAGAGCUUAUAUGCCAUGUUGAUGCUGUACCCUCAGUCACUGUGCCUGGUUAAAUACAUUCCAAUCCUCUCAAAUUGUUUAGAUUACUUUCUUCAUCUCUUUUCUCUCAAGCUCUCCUCCAACCCUCCAAUUUCUCAAUCUGUCUCUCAUUGGUUGCUCUGCGCCCUCUGCCUAUCUCUGUCUGUUUUAUCUCCAGCUCAGUGACUGUCAGGCUCUUGACAGUCUUGGGAUUCAAGUUUUUGUCAGCAUAGGUUCUGUAACUGACUGUUACUUGCAGUCCAUCCUGGCCUACACUAAUUCACUAUGUCAGCUUCACCAUUAACUCUAAAAGAUGCAUCCAGUACAUGACAUCACUUCUAGUUUUAUUUGGGGUAAACUUUAUUACAUUUACUCUUGUUGCUCUAAUUGAACAACUCCCCUGAGGUCCAUCAUCAUCUAAAAACAUUAAUAUAAGGAUAUUAUUCUAACAAAGUAAAUGGUUUUGUAUUUAUAUAGCGCUUUUCUAGUCUUGAUGAGCACUCCAAGCUCUUUACAGUACAGUUUUACAUUCACCCAUUCACACACAUAUUCAUACAGUUUAUCUAUAAGCAGCACUUUAUUGAUCUAUGAGGGGCAAUUCGGGGUUCAGCAUCUUGCCCAAGGACACUUCAGUAUGCAGAUGGGGAAGACUGGGGAUCGAACUACCGACAUUCAGGAGGGAGAACGACCGCUCUACCCCUCAGCCACAUUCAGGGUUCAAGUCAUUUACAUACACAAACCUUCAGUUCUGAGCCAUAGUUAUUGUUUUAGUUAUUAUAAUUCGUUGUGCUAUUUCCCAAGGUGGUUUAUUAAGAAAUGUCUCUCUUUAGCUUUCUGGCUGUGCUAGUAGGCUGUAUUUAUUUGUCUUGUGCUGUGAGUAGAUACACAAUACCCAGCGGUUGGAGGGAACAUUGGCCCUGUGAGCUAAUGAUCGACAAUAGAUGAAAUAAAGCAAUGACAUACCUAUGAGUCUUGGGCUCAGUUCAGUGGUCGAUUUCAUUUCAACAGAGUCUUAAAGAUGCUGGUACAUGUGACAUGCAGGGUUUCCCCCAGCACUAUCUUGUUAAGGCGGCCGCCUUAACAAGACUAGGGCCCCGCCUUGACUACCAAUGCAUUGAAAAAAAAAAAAAAAAAAAAAAAAAAGUUGAAAAAAAAAAUAAAAAAAAUGGCAUUGAUAAUACUCAGGUAAUACUGUUUACAACAUUAGUCGUGCCAAUAAAGUUUUUUGAGUGUAAUUGAGACGGCGACAUCUGGUGGUUGAAUAUAUUGUUGCAUAGUCUAUCAUAGUCACCUGUCAAUCUACCGCCAGUGACGUGCGGUGAGGUCAGUGAGUGGGUAUGCAUCUGAGUUCUGAAAGCCAGAUUUCUCUAAACCUAUAUAUUGUUAAAUCAAAAACAAUAAACAACAAACAGGCACGCACGGCCGAUUUCAAAUAAGUUCCUCCCUUUCUUUCUUUCUUUCUCUCUCACUCACUCACUCACUCACACACACAGACGGGACGUAUAUGAAAUGUCACGACGGUGACUUCAGGUUUGCCCGUAGCCUACUGUAGUUUGGUCUAAAUGAUUAAACAUCGCAUCCAUCGACUUAACGGACCCGUCCCUCACACCGAGGGCAGAAUAAACGUAAGGCAACAAGUCAAACCUUCGCCGAUUCAAACUACCGGUACUACUUCUAUUCAACUUAAAAAUAAAAGGCAGCAUUCAUCAUUAUGUAGGACUACAGCAUAACUGAUGGCAACUCCACUCCAGUGUUAAUUUCGUUGACGAAGACGAUGACGAAAUAUAUUCGUUAACGACCUUUUUUCCAUGACGAAGACGAGACGAAGACGUAACGAAAACGAAUCUUUGAAAAUAAAAACUAUGACGAAAUCUAUUUUAAUUUUCGUUGACGAGACGAGACGAGACGAAAAUGUUGGUGGUUGACUAAGUCACAAUAAUUUUUAAAACAUCAUCGUAUCAGGCUGUCAUGAAGUAUCAGGAGCGGGCGAGUGAAUCUGUGUGUGUGUGUGUGUGUGUGCCUGUGCGCUCCCAGAUAGCGCUCCGGUCCGUAGCUCCGCCCCCCGCCUCGCGCACUCGCUCAGAGAGACACAGUGAAAGCAGAGCGCGUUCUCGUGGAGCAGCCUCUCAGUGACCGACUGCUUCUUAACUAUGGAAACAGUGAAAACCCAGAGUUUCUCUGGUCUCAGCUGGUCAGAGAUCAGCGCCGCAUCUUCUUCAUCAGAGCAGAAGCUGCAGUUGGUUUGUACCGAUGUUCAGUUUCUGUGUCCGGCUCCAGUCUGACCUGCUCUCCCUUUUUGUUCAGGCCUUUCUCUUGCUAUUCAUUCUGUUCCUUUUUAAAUUAUAAUCCAAUUUGUUAAAAUUCCUCCAGUCUGAAAUAUCUGCGGGCACGGACACGGCAGCUGCAAUGUUGACUUAAAAAUCCGCGGGGGUAACGCGACGUGAAUGAGCAUAGCCAACGUAAUGACGUUGGCCUAAGCUGCGUAAAUGUCUAGUAAUAUCUCGAUUUUAAUUGGUCCAUGAAUGAUAUGUAACGUAAAGGCUUAUGUGGCAUACCAUUUACGUAAAAAAGGCACAAAGAAUGAUGCUUAUUUGCGUACAUGUUAAAUCAUACAGAAUCAGGUGCGCAUGCGCGAAAACUUUUUUUUUCUUGCCGUCCACAAUGAAUAGGCGGUUAAUUUGAACGGAAUCCGACAUCACAAACUGUCAUCUUCUGAGGCAGCUUGAUUUUUCUUAAAAACCUGCUUAAAGCAACAAGGUAAGAUCAUUAUUAACCUUAACUACAUAAAAUUCAAGAAUAAACUUAACUUAAGUUCGAAUUUAAAAAAAGUUGAAAACAUAGGCUACAGUUAUUGAAACCGUACCUGUGCACAUGGUUUUAUCUUGCAAUAGGCCAAUAUAGCCUAGCUUAAUGGAUGGCAAAAGACAGCCCAAAAUUUUGGGCUUCUUUAUGCAAAGAAGCAGGCCAACUUCGCCGUCGUCGGCACCACCUCGUCCGCCUCCCCCCCCACCCCCGGAUCCACAGCAAUCCUCUAAACACAGAGUUAGUGGAUGGAACACGGAGUGGGCUAUGGACCAAAAAUACGCCAGUUGGCUGUAUCAUACCGAACACGGUGAGUUUUAUUUAUUUAUUAUUAAUUAAUUAAUAUUUUGAUUAUAACAUUGUAGGGCUUAUUAAAUCACGAGUCAAUGCGUCAUUCGUAGGGAUGUUCUGCAGAAUAUGUAGAUCUAACCGUCAAUCAGCAACACGCGGCCCUACUCAAAGGCCAUUCAUAGAAAUCCCAUGCACGAACUAUAGACGUGAUGCCUUGGAUCAGCACAUGACGUCCAAGAACCACUCUGCAUGUGUGGCCAUCACAGCCCAAACCAGCAAAAGUCUGUCAAUCAGUGAGGUAUUUCAACCGAUUGUCAACAUGGAGCAUGAGGCCAUAAUUGGUGGUUUUAAAUGCCUUUACUGGCUUGUCAAGCACGAGAUUGCACACCACACCAACUACCCUGCAUUGCUUGAUCUGGCAGACCUUCUAGGUUGCGAAUAUUUUUCCAAAUUGAGGAUUGAUCAAAGAACCAACUACAGGUCCCACAAAAUUGUGGACGACAUGCUGCAGAUUUUGGCCGAAGUGGUGGACGAGCCCAUUUCAGCAGCAAUCAAAACCUCAAAGGCUGUAGGCCUGGAAAUAGAUGAGUCCACAGACAUUUCAGUCUUAAAACAACUGGACAUUCAUGUCAGGUAUACUGACAAAGAAGGGCAGCUCUUCUGCCAGUUCCUGGAUCUGGUAUCCAUACCAGAUGGCAUGGCAAGAACCAUUGCCGAGGCAGUGAAGGAAGUCAUUAUAGAAAAGGGAAUUCCUCAGGAUCGGAUUUAUGGCCUUGGCACGGACGGAGCAGCAGUCAUGACCGGAAAACAUAAUGGCACAGCCAAAUUACUGGCCGACACCUGGCCAGGAUUAGUGACAGUGCAUUGUGCUGCUCAUCGCCUCGCCCUCGCUUGCAAGGAUGCUGCAGAUGGAGUGCCCUACAUGAAGACCUUCAGAAAGCACCUGCAAGAUCUUCAUCUUUAUUUUAGGAAUAGUGCAAACCGCACUAGUGCCCUCAAAGCAGCUGCCAGUGUUCUCCAAGUAGCCGCCCUCAAAGUGACAGAGGUUAAGGACACUAGGUGGCUGUCUCAAGAAAAGGCCAUUUCCAAUCUGCAACGGAAUCUGCCUGCAGUGCUUGCAACACUUGCGGAGGAGGCAGAUCUAAAGAAGGACCCGGUGGCAAGAGGGUUAUACACAUACUGUGCAACGUACAGAUUUGUUGCAGCUGUACAUCUCCAGGCUGACAUCCUGCCCCACCUGGCCCGGCUCUCCAAAUUAUUCCAAAAAGAAAAUGUGAACUUCAUGGCAAUUAAGAACCAUGUUCCUGUCACAAUUGAGACACUGAGGCAAAUAAAGGCAGCAGGUGACAAGCAACCUGAGGGCUCCUUUUUGGCUCAGGUCAAUGAAAAGGUCAACAACCUUAACAUUGACGCAGAGGAAGAGAGGGUGAGACGUGACAGAGGUUAGCCCACAUCUACCGGGAGGUUUUGGACAAAGUUUCAGAACGAGGUCAUGGACCCCUACAUCGACCGUCUCGUGGAACACCUGGAGCUGAGGUUCCAGCAAGUGAGCAUUCUGGGUGCCUUCAACGCUCUGGGACCACCAGGUCCACAAGCUGACGAGGGUCAGGCCAUCUCGGACCUUAAGAUGUUGGCGAAGCAGUUUCAGGUCAUUCAAGAGAUGCCACUGCUCCAUGAGUGGCAAAGCUUCAAAGUGCUUGUGACUACUGGAAUAUUAAAAGACAAAUCCCAACUGGAAAUAAUGAAGGCAAUGACAUCUCAGUAUGAUGAGCUACAUCAGCUGUAUCCAAACCUGUCCCUCCUGUCAGCGAUCGCGCUCACGAUACCAGUGGCAAGUGUCAAUUGUGAGCGAGAUUUUUCUGCCAUGAAUAGGAUAAAGACAGACCUGCGAAACAGGCUGCAGGGCAAGAGUCUUACAGCCUGCAUGAAGAUCAGCAUCAAUGGCCCACCAGUGUCUAAGUUUAAUUUCAGCAGGGCGCUGGAACUGUUCUUUGCACAGCCACGCAGAAUAGCAUGCACUGAUGCCUCUUGUCAGCUGUGCCGCAAAUAAGAAGAUCCAGAAAGGAACUGUAAAUAGUUGAAUUUGCCCUUUUAUGUGCAUACAAAAGUUAAGUGUAUUGUCCAUUAUUUGUAUUUAAUUUGCACUGUUCUUUAAUUUUAUUUUGUAGUGUCUGCAUGUUUUCCACAACAUUUGUACCUACUGUUGUUUAUUUAUAUUGAAAUAAACAGUUGUUUAUUUCAUUCAUGCGUACUGGCAUCUUUGAGCAAAAUACCCCCAAAAAUUUUCGCCGCGCCGCUACGCGCCGCGCCA